AGCCGGCGGCGUUUGGCGGGCGCACGGCGGGAGCUCCGAAGGGGAGGCGGCGGCGGGAACGGCUCCGGGAUGUCGGUUAAGAGGGCAUUAAAUUUGGACUCUGUUAAAAAAGAUGAUCCACCUGAUGCAACCCCCCAGAAGACCAAAAGGAGCAAUCUCUCCUACUCCCCAACCACAGGCACGUGCCAGAUGAGCCCCUUCUCCUCUCCCAUGAGCCACAGGGCACAGAAUGCCAGGAAUGCCCCAGCAGAGGGAGAUGGGAACGAGCAGAGCGAUGCCAAGAGCGGAUUGUCCAGGAGAGGGCAGCCUCAAACAGAGCACGAUGUGUUCCUGCAGCUGCACUCCCAAGUGAGAAAUUCCUUGCCCAGAAUUCUGAAACUAAGAGCAAAUCUGACAAGCCUGAAGGCUUUGGAGGGCAGUAGAGAGCUGGAAAAUAUCCUGGAAGCCUCACACUCGUCCUGUGUGCUGAGUGCUGAACUGGAGAAAACCCAAGCGCUGGUGAGUCAAGCAGAAAAACUGCAGCUGUUGAAAGCAAACCAUGGAGAAGUCCCUGCCCGAGGGCACAUCCAGGCUGCCGGGGGUGCUGCACUCCUGACCUCACUCCCUGACAGAGGGAAGGAGCCCCUGGGCCUGCUCCUGACCUUGCCCAGCACUGAGGCACGGCCAGAGUGACCAGGACCAGGAUCCUUCUCUGAAACCACGUGCACAGAGCUCUGGGGUGUCCUGCAGGCUGCAGGGGCCUCAGGGGAAUCAGUUGUUUCUGUGCCUGUGGGAUUUGUUCUGGUUUGUUGAGCACCCUGACAGAGAAACUCCAGAAACUCUGCUCCCCUGCUAAAACAUCCUGUGCUGUUUCUCCUCAACUUGUUGCUGCUUUGGCUGCUUGUCCUUAUUGCAGCAUUUCUCCUCACCAGUUUGUUCCUCCUCUUGGAGGUUACUUGUCCUUGUUCCUUAAGACAUCCCAAAAUGUUCCUGCAGCUCCAGGCAGAGGGGCUGGUGCCCUGCCUUGCCUUGGGCUCUGUGUGUGUUUUACUGGACAUCCCAUCCAGAACUCCAAACAGAUCCCAUGAAUGAUGUCUAAUUGCUAUUUAUUUUAGUCAUUCCUCAUCUCCCCACAGGCAUUAUAUGAAAAAUGCAUUCCACAUCAACCCAAACUUCUCCAUCUGCUGGACUGGACUUAAAAGGAGCGAAGAGCUGAGUGUAAACCAAUCUCCCCAGCAAAUCCCAGCUGGGGAGCGCUCGCUGUGCCGGGCAGGUGCACGUCCAGAUAACAUUUCUGGCAUCUAUUUCAACUUAACAAUGUGCACAAGCAGAUAAUCUCAAUGUAAAUAAUCCACCCUGGGUGCUGUGCAGCCCUGUGCCAGUGGGCUUGGUGCUGGCUGGAAAUUAACUGUGACUUCUGGAGGGCUCCUCCAGCUCUGCUCUGAGGCUGGAGGCAGCUCUGCAGUGCCAGGAAUUCAUUAUUCCCACCUUGGAUGUGUUUUGGUUGUUUGCAAACACUUUCCCUGGUGGUGCUGCCACGGCUGGGGACAGAUUUGUCACCCACACGAGGGUUCCUCUAAAGUCAGCCCCAGCCCCAGCAUGAAAAGACCUCAGCCUCCAACCCAGCAUUAACACCCAGGGCUCUGGUGUUAAUUGUUCUGGUCUUUGCUUUUAGGUCAACAUUUGAGUUUGGUUUUGGCAUUUAAUGCAGUAGGAGCAGAAUUGUUAUAUAUAAACCAACUUUUUUAAUAAACCGGCUGCUUUUCUCUUUCCUUCUCCUCAGCCUCGUCCCUCUGGCCAAGUGAAUCCCCUGCAUCUGAAAUCCUUGCAAAUUAGGCUGAAAAAGUGCAGUAAAAUGAUUUGUUCUUAUCAAAGUCCACCAUAAACACUAACACUUGAAUGUGCUUUUUACCACUGCAAAGUCCCAUCCUCAAAUAAACUGAAAUUCUGAGCACCAGCAGGAUAAAUGUGUUCAGGGUGUGGCUGAACAUACACAUGCUCAAGCUUUGGGAUUUUGAAUUAAUAAAAGUGGUUUUGCACUUCA